CUCAUGGAUCCACAUCUUGAUAUCCGCCAAACCGACUUCCGACAGCGGUGGGUGGCACACGACGUUCGGCUGUGUGGAUAACGAAUCGAGAUCAAGUGUUUACUAGUUUAGUGUGGAUUGCAGUCGUUGCAAUGUUCUCGAACGAUCCAACCCAAGCCAGGCCAAUUCGUUACCCUGGGCAGCAGCAGCACCAUCCUCGUAAACAGCACCGUGGACCCCUCGACGGGCAUGCUAGUGGGCGAGUACCACCGAGGAUCCGCGGACCGUCGAUCUGCGUGCGAAGCUGGUGGAGAAAUUCGGGACGGUGCCGGCCGCACUCACGGCAGUUUGAGCUUGACCUUGCUGGACAGCGAUGGAUUAUCAACAUGGGCGGGACGCCGAUCAGCACCAUCGACACAUACCUCGUGGUCGUUGGGGUUCCGCGGACCGAGAUUUACAGCCGCCACCCGCCGCAGCCGAGCCAUCGCCGCCGGUAUCAGCGUAGGAAUGAGCAUCGCGGUCGCCGGGAUCUUCGUCCUCGCCGUCCUUCCUCUCCGCGGUCUCGCGCGCCAGAUGCAACAGCUCAUCCAGCUCAAUUUCGACACAUUGGAAUCGUCCGGCGCAUUGGACAAACGGUCGUGGAUAUGCGAGGUACGCCAUGGGGGUUCUGUUCACUUUGCCUACCUCUUUCAAAAACAGGACCGAGAGCUGACCCCCCGAGAGUUUUACGUUCAUUCGAAGUCAUGUGAACCGUGAAGUGGUCAGCUAUGGGUGGAUGUGUAGAUGCCGAGCCGACGAUCCUGGCCAUGUGGGCCGGGCUUUAUGAGAGCCUUCCUUUACCUCUCCUGUUAAAUGUCUCCGUGUGGAGGCGAGUUUUACGGUUGGGCCCAACGAUCAUACGGAACAGCAGGUCGCACAGAAAGGAAUGUCCAGCACGCCUCCUCACUAUUCGGGGGAUGCAGGGAAGCAACAUGGCGAAGACCGUACAAACGAGGAAGGCCGAACUGCAUGCCGCAGCACCGCUGCACUACAUGUACAAUGAGACAGUUUCACCCCUG